AUGGGAGAGGUUGAUCGAGCUUUCAUUCAAGCUCAAGAGCACAGGCCAAAACCCAAGAUCAUCGAAGCAGAAGGAAUACCCUUAAUUGAUCUUUCCAUAACCAGUACUCCCAACACCAACUUAAACGAUCCUCAUGCACUUGAUGGUCUUGUUGAGGAAAUAGGCAACGCAUGCAGAAAUUGGGGGUUUUUUCAAGUGAUCAAUCAUGGGGUGCCACUGGCUAAGCGACAAAACAUUGAGAAGGUAUCAAGAGAAUCUUUUGGUCAGCCUUUAGAGGAGAAAAAUAAGAUUAGGAGAAAUGAGGAGCAAGUGUUGGGUUAUUAUGACACUGAGCAUACCAAGAAUGUUAGGGACUGGAAAGAAGUGUUUGAUUUCAAUGUCCAAGAUCCAACUAUUGUCCCAGCUUCAUACAAGCCUGAUGAUAAGGAACUAACCAAGUGGUUUAAUCAGUGGCCUGAAAAUCCACCUAACCUAAGAGAUAUCUGUGAAGAGUAUGCUAAAGAAAUGGAAAAACUAGCUUUCAAAUUGAUGGAGCUAAUAGCCCUGAGUCUAGGCUUGCCCAAAGAUAGGUUCCUUGAAUUCUUCAAAGAACAAACCAGCACCAUUCGAUUCAACCACUAUCCACCUUGCCCAAUUCCUGACCUUGCUCUAGGCGUUGGUCGACACAAGGAUGCCGUGGCCUUGACCCUCCUUGCUCAAGAUGAUGUUGGAGGGUUAGAAGUGAAGAGAAAAACAGAUGGAGAGUGGCUUAGGGUCAAGCCAAACCCAAAUGCCUAUAUCAUCAAUGUUGGUGACAUUAUCCAGGUAUGGAGCAAUGACACUUACGAGAGUGUGGAGCAUAGGGCGAUGGUGAAUUCUGACAGGGAAAGAUUUUCCAUUCCUUAUUUCCUUGCCCCCGCACACUCCACCGAUGUGCAGCCCUUGGAGGAGCUGAUAAAUGAGCAAAACCCUGCCAAAUACAAACCAUACAACUGGGGGAAAUUUUUUGUCACAAGAAGACGUAGUAAUUUCCAGAAGCUUGAUGUUGAGAACAUCCAAAUUUAUCACUUCAAGAUACCCGAAUCGGAGUUGGCAGAAAAAUUGGCCGGAGCAUCGUCCAUUGGCAAGUGCAUAUUACUUGUCGACCACAAUUGGAUGACGGCAGAGAUUGUUGAAAGUAAGAAACUUUUCAAGAAAAUGGUGAUGACUAAUGAGAUUGAUUGGAUCUCUCAAUUGCCUGAUCACAUUAUACACCACAUUCUCUCUUUUCAGCCCGGAAAAAAUGUGGCUCGCAUCAGUGUCUUGUCCAAGACCUGGCAUGGCUUUUGGACUUCGUUUCCGGUAUCUAAUCUUCAAUUUUCUGAACGGUUGUUUGAACGUGGUCUGAAAAGACCAUGUGCAAUUGGAGAAAUUAAAGACUGGAAAACGAAAUUCGCAAGGCUUGUGCACGAUUCUGUUCUCAGACAAUGCCGCCUCAACACAAGUAUUGAAAAGUUUGAACUGUCUAUGUCCUACUACUUGCAUCCGGAUAUUCCUCCUCGUAUUGAUCAUUCUCUUGAAAUGAUCAUUGACCGUGGUGUCAAGGAGGUUCAUGUCAAAUUUAAAGAGAAUUCUGAUCUGCCACCUUCCAUCUUCUCUGCGAAAAGAUUAACUGUCCUUAAAUUGGCUAGAUGUAAUCUCAUAAUGCCUUGCCCUAGCGUAAUUUGGCCUUCUCUCCGCAAGUUUUCUCUGCCAAUCAGCAUUUCAAACAAGCGACUUGAAAAGUUACUGUUCUCAUGGAAUAUUCUAUCACAAGCUACCAUUCAUGCUCGAAGAUUGAAGUCAUUAAAAUACAACUUCAUGGGGUACCCUUUUCGUAUUUGGUGGACAGAACAACAUGACUGGAAGGACAUUCGGAUCGAGCACUGCAAAGGCAAUGGAGUUAGAGAAACUCUUACAUGUGCUGCUUUGUUGAAGUCCCUGCAAUUGCUCUCUCCACGUGUUGGCAAUUCUAUAGAUUACAAAUGUGAAUCAGAAGAUCCAUGCAAAACUGAUGCAGACUGCUUCAUUCUUUGUCCUUCUAAAUAUGGAUUUUGUAAUACGGACAAUGAACUCCCUGAAAAUGUUCCUAAGACCUCAGAGAUUGAUGAAUCACAAGUUGGCUAUUUUGGGUUUGGGGGUUUCUAUGCUCCUAACGAUGAUGAACACAUCCCUAGCCAGAGAGUUGAAAGACUGGGCUCAAACAAGGCCCUCCUGCGUAAGCCUGGUCGUGGGUUUGUGUUGUUUGGUCCUUCUUCUAGGCCCAACGACCUCCUUGGUGCCCAGGACAAGUUGACGUCAAUCCAAGAACAGGAGUCUGGAGGUGAGAUGUUUGAAUUGGUCCCCGAAUUAACCCCAGUAGUAACAGCAACAUGA